AUGAAACAAGUGAAAUAUUUAUGAGUGAGUCAUUGAAUCAUUCAUUCAUAAUUCAUUCAAAUUUUAAAUAGACUGCAGCAACUAACAUUUUGUCAGAAGCUCUGGUAAAUUACACGUUAUUUUGUUUAGAUGUUUGUUCAGAAUCAUGAGAGAAUCAUGAUAUACCUCUUUAUAUAUUACGCAGAUUUGAAUGUUCCAGUGUGAUUUUGUCAAAGGUUUACUAGACGCAGCCGAAUCGUUGUCAUUUAGGAAUGAGAUUGUGGGGGUUUGAAUCGAUAUCACAAUCUUUUAACAAUUAAUCGUGCAGCUCUAUAAAGAUGUUACUCUGAUGGGGAGAACUGACUUAAUUUAUCCACAGAAAUCACCUCAAUUCCAUUGCUUAAAAGUCCCCACUUAAUACUUUGAUAGCUAGACUAUGGGCUGAACAUUUGGGAAAAUAAACACAUUUUUGACUCUUAACUCUUAAAUCAUUGGUACUGUAUGCAGUUAUCACGCGUGUUCCAUUCCACAUUGUGAAGCAGAUAGAGAUGUCUGUGCCGUCCUCUUGAAGUCUGCUCAUCGACUGCAUCCCCACCAUUAUACACCUCUUUCAAAUGCUCAUUAGGCAAAAUGCCAGAAGUCUGUCAACUUUUAACUCCAAUAACAGGAUGCUCAGUUGGGUCCAUCGCCAAGAGCUGCCACUGAGAGCUUUCUUUUGUCUGUACGAUACUUUUUGUAAUGCAGCUUUUCACAGUCUGCCACAUAAUGUCCUCUGUAGAUUUUUGCCCGUUUAUAGCUGAGAAAAUCUUGUAACAUGCAGCGAACGGAUCAAUUACGAGGCCGCGGCCUGACCGAUAGACAAACGUAGGGGUAUAUCCCUCCUCUGGCCUCUUGCAGGACCUUACAGGAGAAUUGGCAAUGUCAAGGGAUGAGGAUUUGAGAGUCAAGUGUCGCUGAAUGGGAGCGUUGGUGGUCUGGGUGCAGCUGCCUCGAGAACAAGUGGAAGAAAUGCAGAGACAGCGAGAGUAGCGCACCCCAUGGAAGCGGACCUCUCCUUACUUUUGUCUUUCAUCGUGCGGGCCGGCCGCUGAAAAGCUUGGCAGCGCCUGUGACUCCAGGCAGCUAAGCUAGCAGCUCCUAGCACUCAGUAUGCAGCCAAAGUGUUGGAAUGACAACGACUCCAUUCAUUGUGGAGGUAGAGGCAAAGGCUGUGGAUCUCCUCUGUCUGUUUUGUAGAACGGGGGAUACAGAAAAGGAGGGGGCACUUUUUAACUCGCAGUACAGCGGACGAGGUAAAGAUGAGGGAGAGAGAGAGAGAGAGAGAGAAACAGAAAGGGAGGGAGAGGGAGUGAGCGAGCGAGAAAGUGGCAGCGGUGGAGGGGGACCUUCCAUGCCGAAUGAUUGAAAGAGGCGGAGAGGAAGCAGAACUCCAUCAGAUGAAAUGAGGUGAAAAUAAUUCAGGCAUUAAUCAAGCCUGGCCAAAAGGAGGCUGUUCUUUUUUCCUCCCCUCUCUCUGCGGAAGCAAACGGAGAGGUGUGAAUGAAGAACUCGAGAGUUGAGACGAGAGAACUACCGGGCACUAUCCAAUCAUGUCGGAGUCCAACAGCAGCGCAGCUUGUAUGGCUGAUCAGAACGGAGCGGUUCCAGGAGAGCCAGUGAAGAAAGAUGAAAACUCCAGAAGGGGAAACUGGGGCAACCAGAUUGAGUUUGUCCUCACCAGUGUUGGUUACGCAGUGGGGCUGGGAAACGUCUGGAGGUUCCCUUACCUUUGCUACAGGAAUGGAGGAGGUGCCUUCAUGUUCCCGUACUUCAUCAUGCUGGUGUUUUGUGGCAUCCCUCUGUUCUUCCUGGAGCUCUCCUUUGGGCAGUUCACCUCCCUCGGGUGCCUGGGAGUCUGGAAGGUCAGCCCCAUGUUUAAAGGUGUGGGUUAUGGAAUGAUGGUGGUCUCUACCUACAUUGGGAUCUACUACAAUGUGGUGAUUUGCAUUGCAUUUUAUUACUUCUUCAUGUCCAUGACAAACCUGCUUCCCUGGACAUACUGUAACAACCCCUGGAACACCCCUGACUGCAGUGGGGUGGUGGGAACUCCACGAGCUAAUGCCACCUUCGCCAAUGUGUCUGCUGUCGUGUCAGGGGUGACUGAGAUUGUCAACCGCACCAAGAGGACCAGUCCUAGUGAAGAGUACUGGAGGAACUAUGUACUGAAUAUCUCUGACGGCAUUGGGAACUUUGGGGAGGUGCGCCUGCCUAUCCUGGGAUGUCUUGCUGUGUCAUGGGUGGUUGUUUUCCUCUGUCUUAUUCGAGGAGUCAAGUCAUCAGGCAAGGUAGUGUAUUUCACAGCGACCUUCCCUUAUGUGGUGCUGACCAUUCUCUUCAUCAGAGGAAUCACUCUUGAAGGAGCCGUCAGUGGUAUCAAAUACUAUUUGACCCCACAGUGGCAGAAAAUUCUGGAUGCCAAGGUAUGGGGGGAUGCUGCCUCUCAGAUUUUCUAUUCUCUUGGCUGCGCCUGGGGUGGGCUUAUCACCAUGGCAUCAUAUAACAAGUUCCACAAUAACUGUUUCAGAGACAGUAUCAUCAUCAGUGUAACAAACUGUGGUACCAGUGUGUACGCUGGCUUUGUUAUCUUCUCCAUCCUGGGAUUCAUGGCUCAUCAUCUUGGGGUGGAUGUGUCAGAGGUGGCCGAUCAUGGUCCAGGCCUGGCAUUUGUGGCCUACCCAGAGGCCCUAACACUGCUGCCCAUAUCACCACUCUGGUCCCUGCUUUUCUUCUUUAUGCUCAUUUUAUUGGGCCUCGGCACUCAGUUCUGUUUACUGGAGACUCUGGUGACGGCUAUAGUAGAUGAGAUUGGAACUGACUGGAUUAUCAGAAAUAAGACCUACGUCACGCUCGGAAUCGCUAUAGUAGGCUUCCUCCUGGGAGUGCCGCUGACCACACAGGCAGGGAUAUACUGGUUGCUGCUUAUGGACAACUACGCUGCCAGUUUCUCUCUGGUCGUCAUCUCUUGCAUUAUGUGCAUCUGUAUAAUGUAUGUCUAUGGUCACAAGAACUAUUUUAAAGAUGUGGAGAUGAUGCUAGGCUUCCCUCCUCCAAUCUUCUUCAGGAUCUGCUGGAGAUUUGUGUCUCCUUUAAUUAUUUCUUUCAUUCUGAUUUUUACUGUGAUACAGUACAAGCCUAUUACCUACAAUGACUAUGUGUACCCUGGUUGGUCAUUGGUCAUUGGGUUUGCCAUGGCUUUGUCCUCAGUUAUCUGUAUACCUAUCUAUGCUCUGUUCAAGAUUGCUAUGUCUGAGGGAUCUACGUUCGUAGAGCGUUUGAAGAACUCCUUGAAGCCUGACCUGGACUGGGGCCCUGCUCUCCAGGAGCACCGCAAGGGACGAUAUGCCACCACGGGUCCUGAAUCUGUGGAGGUGUGCCCUCUUAAAGAAGAUCUGAAAGAUGAGGGGAAAGAGAAACUCAAAGAGAAAGAAGAUGAGAUCGGUCUGACCAUCCCAGGAAGCAACGGCUCCACAUUGAACCCCACACCCAGUGCAUAGAGGAGCCCCUUCCACACCCUACCCCCAGGACGGUUCCCAUUUCCACACUGCGGGACAGGCCACUCUCGCUGGAGACCUUUACAUAUUGUAAGGGCUUUAUGAAAUCUAACCUCUAGAGAAAUUGGUUGUCAUCCAAAACCUUUUUCUUUUUGUUCACAUAAUUUAAUACUGCAGUUUUUUUUUAAUACAAAAAGACAUGUUCAUAUACAGGAGGUGUUUGCAUACACACAGUGUGUAUAUAGCGCAUUGUACAAUAUUUUCACUCUGUGUUGAAUAGUCUGGAGAUGUGACUGUAGCGGCAACAGGAGCUACAGUGGGAUUUGGCUUGUGUGUGUGUGUAGUGGUGGUAGUGCUGGUCAGGUUUAAAAGCUGAAGACCAAAUAUUCUUUGUGGCAAUGUUGUAAUGGCACUGUUAAGGGGAGUGUUAUUUUCAGUUUCUGUUUGUACCUAUUGUCUUGAUUGGGAACCGUCUCAUUCGCAAGCCAAUAUGGGUUUUUCCAUAGCCAAUGCUGAUGUCUGAGAGCAGGGUGGCCGUUGGUCAGUAUAAUGCCAGCAUAUGAUAUAGUACAUGUUAAAUUAAUACUGAAUUAACUCAAAAAUCCGCUUAAAAAUACAAACCAGAACAUGUCUAUUAUCCAUCGACUUGACUACAGGUAGAUUUUGGCGCUAACGCUUUUGUUAAACGGCCAAGUAGACUGGCUGAUAUCGAUAAAUAAGAAUAGGCCAAGAGAAUAUCAACUCUAUUUCCCUUUAAAGUGAGAGCACAAAUAUAAAACAAAGGAUAUUUGGUCUUAAGCUCUUACUGACUGAGGUAUCUGGACCGAGGCAUAUAACCUCUCAAGCCCAUUCUCAGGGUUACACACAAUUUUUUUUUUUUUUUUUUUUUUUUUUUUUUUUGUGAAACAUUUUCCAACACCUUGAGAUGAUUUAUUGCUGAUGUUGAGUGUUUGACAUGAAGGAAGAGGGAUUUUCAUGUAGUAACUUCCACAUGAAAUGCCAAAUCUGUCUAGUCUUCCAGGCAUCUCGAGCCGAGGCAUCUCCUGAGCGAGGGGAUCACGUGUGCGAUAACAAAAGCAGCUAGUUCCUCAUUAGAUUCAGUACUGUAGUAUGCACACUAACCCUGCUCUUCACAGAAAAGGAGGCAUGUUACCAAAAACAUGUGCACAGACCUUUGUAUUCUGAUGAUUUAGCUGGUAUGUUUGUGUUUGUGUGUACUUUUAUGUUGUCUAUGCGUGUUAAGAGACUUGAAAUGGUGUGUAUGUGUCAUUUAAAGGCAUCUGGCUGUGCUGAGCCAAGCAGUUGUGUGAUCGAAUAAGGGUUAAGGUUGCUUGCAGAACGAUCGGAGGUAAACGAAGCAUCAGUCACAAUCACUGUGGUUUGUGUAAUUGAUGGGUAGUCAGCAGUUUGUCCUCAUAUUAUUGUGAAUAACAUGAAAUAGACUUGCGAAAGGUCUGAUUUUUACAAUAGAAACCACAGACUAUUAGGUGUGUUGUUUCGUUUGGUAUUGUAGGCAAUAGAGAGACGAGGUUCUCGGAUUGAGAGCUUGGUAGUUGGUAUGGCUAGAUGCUGCUUAUCAUAUCAUUCCAGUGAUGUAUCAACAAGGCCCCCUACUUAGGAUGCAUAUGGUUGCAGUGGCACAUAUACAUGGAUAGAGAGUCCUGGUUACACUGUGAAUUUGUCUGGGAUGUUGCCUGACGCCUUUCAAUAGGGAGUCUAGCAAUAUAGCUGCUAAUGUGCUGACGCAUCACGUAUUGAGACUUCUGAUUAAAUGGCGAAUCGCUGUGUAUAUUUAAGUGAAAGCAGUAUUGUUUUUUCUCUUCUGCGUUGUGCAAGGAGAAACGCAAUACAUUUGUGACAUGCUGCUUCUGUCAUUUUGAGUCGGAAUGAGGCGUUUGUGGAGAAACAUGAUUGUGUGCAGAAAAUACCAAUAAUACAUAGAAAGUCUCAGCUUUCAUAUUAGCUUCGUUUUAUUAUGAAAUUUAACAUGUCAUUUUGACGCUCUUUACUGUAGCCUGACAGAUCGCUGCAGUUGACUCAAUUCAAACGGCAACACGGAUCGCGAGUGAACGGAUCGUUUAUUACUCUUUACUACUAGUUAUAGCUGGAAUAAAAAUCAGAAGUAGGGUGACCAUAUUUCUCAUGGUGGAAUACGGGACAGGUGAGCAAAUGUGACCAUUUUAUUUGUAAUAUGAGAAAUUUUAUUUCAUGGUAAAUUACUGUGUAUACAUUUAUUUAACACAUUUUGUUGUUUGAUUAACAGUAAUGACAGACAAAUAUUUAAUUAGGUCACUGUCCCUUUAUGACCGAAUGCAUGGAUGUAAUAUACUGAUACAUAUCCGGUUAUCACCCACCUGUUUACGUCCACUUAAGGCGUAACCAACUGUAUUUACAUGAGAUACUCCACACGAUGGACAUUUUGGCAACUAUGUGUGCCUCUGACCUAUCAGGCGCAAGGAGAACUGAUCACGCGCUGUCUGAGAGAACUAGGAUAGCGCGCAAGGAAAGAGAGAGUGCGCGCGCUUUUGGUGUGUCGUUCAGCCUAUCCCGCCUUCACUAACGGCAAGUUAAUCGAUAAUGAAUUUUGAUUGGAUGGUAAUUUUGUUCGAUGACAAAUUUAAUUGGGCUAUUCUCGCGUGACAGAACACUACUACCAGUGUUGCCAAGUCUGCAGUUUUCCCGCGGAAUUGGGCUACUUUAACUGUUGCCGCGGGUUGUUUUUCAUGUCUGCGGGUUGAAGCGACCCCAAAUAACAUGAUAUUUAGCCCCUGCGAUUUUUACCAGGAUUUUUACCCCCCCCCCCCCCCGAAACGUUAUUGGGCUGGCUUUGCGCUAGCUUUGAGUAACAAUUUGUUGUGAAAACCUGGCAACCCUGACUACUACUACUUUACAAACUACUACUACUUUACAACUACUACUACAAAAUUUUAAGAAAGAUGAAAUAAGGGACAAAACAUGCUUUUUUCUUAAGUCGGGACACUAAAAAUACGGGACUGAAGCUGAAAUACGGGACUGUCCCGGGAAAAACAGGACAUAUGGUCACCCUAAUAAGAAGAUGUGUUGAAAGAUACAGUACAACUUGCUGAACGUAUCGUCUGUCGUGAAAUCGUGUUUCAAUCGCGGAAAGACGUUAAUAAAACAGGUCGUGGACAAACGUCACCUGACUACAUUUACCUCAGGAAAGCCAGUCAGUGUUUAUUGCUUGUUAAUAAAAUUAGUUGAGGGAAAAACAACCUUAGAGAAGAGCAUAUUGGUAAAAUAGUAAAUAUAUGCACCCUAAAUUCGUUAUAUUUUACAUAACAUUUGAUGUCUUUAUUACUUUGAUUAAUCUCUAAAAUCUAUAUUAAAAAAAAAAAAGCCUGAAAUUAUUUGGAAACUUGAUGUGUUUUUGAUAGACACCAUUUAAUUAUAACUCAGCAUAAACAUAAUUAUAUAUAAUCGUUUUUAUAGACAUUUUCAUUUAGUUCAUAAAACUCUUGUGUUUCUGGGUGAAAAACGACUCAAAAUGAUGGAUCAGGUCACAGAUAAAGUCAGUAUUCUAAACCUGAUGGCAUAAUAGUCUAGAUCAUUGUUAUAUGUACAUUUUUAUUAAUCUCUGCAUGAAGGUAAGAUAUAAGAUAAAGAUUUUAUCCAAAAAUAUACAAAACACAAUCUAACUUUAAAAAGUAGCCAGAGAGAAGAAAAAAUAAAUACAAAUUGAGAGAUGCAACAAGAAUAAAAGUAACCCUGCUGCCUAACAGGAGCUAUCAGACACUCAGGGGAGUAGUUAGAGGUUCAUUGGUCUUUGUGAGGUCAUAGCACAACCAUACAUGCAGGUCACAGACUCUAGCUUUUCCCCCGUUAGACAGCGGGCGCAGUAGAUUAGAGCAGCAAUUUAGGCGGCGUGAGACUAACAGCACUUUUAUUUACUGGUUCACUUUAGCUGGCUACGUGCACAGUAGCUGCAGUAUAAUUAAUCGCUGUCGCAAAUGUGAAUGCACAAGAUUGAAGCCCUCUCAUUUGUCUGAUGUUUGGUCCUCAGACCUUGAACGUGGCAUGAAGUCCAUGCGUCUCUAGGUACUGAAAUGCGAACAGACCUUGACAUGCAAACUCUUUAUAUUACAGUAGACGUGUUAUGCAUCAGUGCCGUUCUCGCACUGUUCCACACCUCUAGUCCUCUCUCUCCGUUGUACAGUAAUGUAAAAAAAAAAAGAAGAAAAAAAUUCAACUGUUUGUGUUUUCUGUUUUUAUCAGGGUGGGUUGCUGUAGUGGGGUUCAUUUUUAGUUGUUUUUACUUUUUCUUGUGGUAACGUAGCUAAUGUUAUGUGUACAGAGUGCUCUGUGUAGUGGACGUUCUGAGUCAAACCUAGUUCACGUUAGUGUCACUAUUGAUGUCGUAAUUUUAAUCAGUAUGUAAUUAUCCGUUUUUGCCAUUUAACAGAAAUCUACCUUUCUAAGAGAUUUUUCCUUUUUAUUUUUAUAGUACUAAAACUGUAUUUUAUCAUCAGUCGUAAUCAUUUUUAGCUAUGUUCAGUGACACUACACUUUUUUUUCCCCAAAACCUCAAGCCAGCUGAUCUCAAACACAUUGCCAAACAAUGGCUUUGGACUGAAACUUGAAAAAUACAGGAAUGCUUUUUACACAAAUGUCUGGUCAAACAGAAAUCGUUUACUGAUGAGAAAGGACACAGUCUAAAGCCAACAAUGUUAUAUCUUCAUCUCAGUAUUGUAAACAAGUGUAUUUGUAGUGCUGCAAAACCCUUUAAGGAUAUUUCAUUCACAGUUUCAUGUAUUCUGCACAAUGUAAACGAAACGGAGAAAGCACAUUUGGAAAGAACGUUUUAACAUGUAUGCUGAUCUUUUGAAUAAUUUCAAACUGUAUUAAUAUUUUGGACAUUUUAUUUGGGUAUAUUAACAUGUCAUGUCGAUCUGCUAUUGGAAAGGGGUAAAAAAAAAUGUGCUUCUGAGAAGAACCAAACACUUUUACAUGGACUUUGCUCCUAAUUUGACUUGCCCCUCAACAGUUAGUUUGUAAAAUGACAUGACGGGGCUGUGUUUAAAACAAGUAAAACAGAAAUACUACAAUUUGGUGGGAAAAAUGCACAUAAAUGCCUCUAGGUUCCAGAUGGUAAGAUCUAUUGAGCACAAUUUCGUGGCUGGAUAAAGUAAACUGUAAACAGAAUCAGCAUAUCUGAAAUGAAACUGUGAAUUUUUUCAUUUACUGUACUUACCGAAAUGUUUAUUCAAAACAGCAUCAUGUAUUUUCAUGUUGUUACGGCACUUUAUAAAUAUAUAUUAUAUAUAUGUGUUUGAAGACAACAGAAAAUAAUACAUAACUGCAAAAAAUGAAACCUGUCUCUCCCAUAUCCUGUAUCCUAAAAGAAGAGAUGUCAUCACAAUAGUGUGUGUGUACUUGUGUGCUGCUCAUGGCAAUAUAAAACAGUGAAGUAGAAAGACAAGCACAAUGACAUGAGCUCAGUACUUUAUCAAACAUAUCUAACCGUGUCUUUUCCAUUUUAGGGCCAAACUUCAUUGAAAUUGUCUUAGUCAUGUCAGCUGUAUAUCUUAAACUGUUCAAUUUGAAAUGGUAAAUAAAGUUUAUUUUAAAGAUCAA